AUGAGUGCCCGCACAGAGUCGGGGCUUCCAAGCAAGCCCAAUCUUCGCGUCACAAUCAUUGCCGCAGAUGGCUUGUAUAAAAGAGAUGUUUUUAGAUUUCCCGACCCAUUUGCUGUGGCCACCAUCAAUGGCGAACAAACAAAGACCACCACCGUCAGCAAACGGACGCUGAAUCCAUAUUGGAACGAAAGCUUCGACUUUCGAGCAAAUGAAGGCAGCAUCCUGGCAGUGCAAGUCUUUGAUCAAAAGAAAUUCAAGAAGAAGGACCAAGGCUUCCUUGGUGUCAUCAACAUUAGAGUUGGAGAUGUGAUGCCAGAUCUUAGCCCCGACUCUGAUGACCAGAUGCUUACGAGAGACCUCAAGAAGUCGACAGAUAACCUUGUGGUCCACGGAAAACUCAUCAUCAACCUUUCAUGUAACCUCAGCACGCCCGCACGCGGGGGUCAGGCUUCCAGCAGUCGACCGGCCCUAUCUGUUCCGGGUGCAUCCAGCUCUUCCGCACUCUCCGCUCCCGAUGGGCGACCAAGCUCAUCCAUGUCAAACCAGAAUGGCGUUCCUCCUGGGGGGCCUCAAAUGACCUUACCUCAUCACCCACCCCUUGUCAGCUCAAGCUCUACGCCUGCUCCGGGAGUCAACGGCACGACUUCGUCACGGCCAACCAGCCAAUUGAGCCCCUUCGAGGACAACCAGGGUCGACUUCCCGCUGGCUGGGAAAGACGAGAAGAUAAUCUGGGCCGAACCUACUACGUUGACCACAAUACGCGCACAACUAGCUGGAAUCGCCCAACCGCCAACGGCGGCGCAGAGACCCGAGAGCGAGAAGCCGCCACAGCAGUCGAACGACAGCGGCAUCAGAACCGUACGCUGCCCGAAGACCGGACAGGCACCAGCUCGCCAACUCUGUCGCAGCAGCAGCAGCAGGGUGGCUCCCAAUCAGGAGGCGGCAGCCCGACUGGUCCCGGCAGCCCUUCCCAAACCAAUGCCAGCACAACGGUAAUGCACACUGGUGCAACCAGUCCUGGCACCGGUGAGCUGCCACCAGGCUGGGAACAAAGAUGGACGCCAGAGGGCCGUCCCUACUUUGUCGACCACAAUACCAGAACGACUACCUGGGUUGAUCCGCGCCGUCAACAGUACAUUCGCAUGUAUGGCGGCCAAAAUAACACCAAUGGCCAGAUUCAACAGCAACCAGUCUCACAGCUCGGGCCCCUGCCUAGUGGGUGGGAAAUGCGGCUCACCAACACUGCCCGGGUGUAUUUCGUCGAUCACAAUACUAAGACUACCACGUGGGAUGACCCUCGUCUGCCAUCAUCCCUGGAUCAGAAUGUUCCUCAAUACAAGCGAGAUUUCAGACGCAAGCUCAUCUACUUCCGAUCUCAGCCUGCCAUGCGCAUCCUCAGCGGCCAAUGCCACAUCAAAGUCAGGCGUGAGCAUAUUUUCGAGGAUUCGUUUGCCGAAAUUACGCGUCAGUCCGCCACUGAUUUGAAGAAGCGCUUGAUGAUAAAAUUCGACGGAGAAGAUGGUUUGGAUUACGGUGGUUUGUCUCGAGAGUUCUUCUUCCUUUUGUCUCACGAGAUGUUCAACCCGUUCUACUGCCUGUUCGAGUACUCUGCGCACGACAACUACACCCUGCAGAUUAACCCGCACUCAGGCAUUAACCCAGAGCACCUGAACUACUUCAAGUUUAUCGGACGGGUAGUUGGUUUGGCUAUUUUUCAUCGACGAUUCCUGGAUGCCUUCUUCAUCGGAGCUCUGUACAAAAUGGUGCUGGGCAAGGCAGUCUCGCUUGCUGACAUGGAGGGUGUUGAUGCCGACUUUCAUCGGUCCCUGCAGUGGAUGCUGGAUAACGACAUAUCUGGCGGAAUUCUGGAGCAGACUUUCUCUACCGAAGAUGAGCGAUUUGGUGUUAUGACCACCGAGGACUUGAUCCCCAACGGCCGCAACAUCGAAGUCACCAACGAGAACAAGAAGGAGUAUGUGGAUCUCAUGGUAAAGUGGCGAAUUGAGAAGCGUAUCGCGGAGCAGUUCCAGGCUUUCAAGGAAGGCUUCCACGAACUCAUUCCCCAGGACCUCAUUAAUGUAUUUGAUGAGCGUGAACUCGAGUUGCUCAUUGGCGGUAUCGCUGAAAUUGAUGUGGACGACUGGAAGAAGCAUACGGACUACAGAGGAUACACCGAGUCGGAUGAGGUUAUUCAGAACUUCUGGCAGGUGGUCAGGUCAUGGGACGGGGAACAAAAAUCGCGUCUAUUGCAGUUCACUACCGGAACUUCUCGAAUCCCCGUCAACGGCUUCAAGGAUCUUCAGGGAAGUGACGGACCGAGACGAUUCACCAUUGAGAAGACGGGAGAGCUCACCAACCUUCCCAAGGCACACACCUGCUUCAACCGCAUUGAUUUGCCCCCUUACAAAUCUAUGGACACAUUGCAAAACAAACUUACAAUAGCAGUGGAGGAGACCAUGGGAUUCGGGCAAGAGUAA